AUGCAACAGAUGCAGAAACCCACCGUCAUACCGAUAUCGCAAUUAAGUCCAAGACCAACGGCGGUAUCGCGGACGGCAUCAACGGCAACAGCGACAACCUCGCCCGCGAGAUCCACGACCCAGCACCGCCCCUCGAUCUCCGCAAGUCUACCCACCAGCCCGGACUCGGCCGGCACGGCAGCCACUCCGGCCGUCACGCCGGCCGUCCUCGGCAUCGGCUACCUCGGCUUCACCUCCUUUUGCGGCAUCUACGAAGAGACUCGCUCAAGUCUAAAGCAGCUCCAGCCGUCCAGCGCGGCGCCCAUCGGAGAGAUCGGGACUACCGCCUACUGCGGGCUCGAGUGCUCUCCGCCCCUGACGGCUCAGGCGCUCGAAACAUGUCUGACUAUCCUACGCCACGUCCCGGACCGCGAGACGGGGCUCAAGCUGUUCGACAGCCACUUGAGCCCGAGCGACGGGUGGAUCCGCCUAGCGGCAAAACACAUGAUGAUAUCGCUGUACAACACGUUUCCGCAGUACUUUCCCGCCGGCGAACACGGCCGACGGCCAGAUGAUGCCCAGCUCACUGCGCUUGCACAGUUGACCAAGGCUGCCGGUAGUGGGGGAAACACGUUGCUCCUCUUCAUGUGUUCGAAGCGCACCAUCAUCGAGUCGCUCUUCUCGGGCGAUGCUAAGACAGUAGCCCUAUCAACAUUCCUCGGCUUCCACGACGAAGUCGCGGCGGCGCCGGGGGCAGGCUACAAACCAACCGUCUGCUCCGAGAUCAAGCGCAAACUCUUCUCCUACGUCUUCUAUGUAGACAAGGUCCUGGCCUCAUUCGCCGGCCGACCACCCCUCAUCAGCCGCCGAUACGCGCGCACACCACCGCCUCUGGACCUAAAGGACGACCACCUCCUCUCCGACGAGGCCUCGCUGGCGCGCCAUGUCGCCGCACUCGAUGAAAACGGGUGGAACACCAAGGGCGAGCUCUACUCUGCCACCAUCGUCCGGGCUCGCGUGAUGCUGGCACAUAUCCGGGACGAAAUAUUCGAGAUCGCGCUCGGACAGGGUUCCGUGACGCUGGUUGAGACGUUGUUAGAAAUCAAAGAAAGACAACUUCGGACUGUUGCUGGGUUCCCCGAUAUCAUGACCCUGAGAGAAGAAGACGUGCAGAACAGGAAACUCGACAUCUCGUUACUGUACACCCGACUCAUCAUGAAGCUGGAACACCUCCAAAACAUGUUCUUCAUCGAGCGGUUACUCGCGAAAAGAGGCCACGAUGACGGCACAUUGCUGUCUGUCAGCUUUGAAAUGGUUUCCAAGACCCUCAUGUUCUGGACAAACAUGGAUCGUCUAUCUUGCAUGAACGGUGACUUUGAAUGGCUCGUAAUGGCUUACGCGGCUCCCGGAGGCGGCAUCCUAUGCAUGGAACUCCUUAAACCCACCCUCCAAGGCGGCCACCACCCGCAGAACCCCCAAGUCUCCCGCUCGAGCAUUAUCCAGAAGCUGAGCCUCCUCGUCGGCUUCCUCGACUGGGUCAGCCCCACGGCGCCCAACGGCGACCUCUGCGCCGACUGCAAGGUCAUCAUCCAGCGCGUCCUCGACCAGGCGCUCAACAGCCCCGCGGCGUCGGCCUCGUCCGCCGUCGACGGCGCGUUGCCCGCCGGGGUAAUGCUGGAUGUCCCCAUGGACUGGGAUUUCUCUACGCAGCUUGAUUUCAACUUUGAUUUGCUUGAUACGUUUGAUUGGUUGCGUCCUGAGGUGUCUUCGAGUCAACAGUCGUCGUAG